AUGGACCCCCCAAGAUCUCAGGGCUUGAUGCUCCCACAACCACCUCCCUCCGUUCCACUGACAGAGGUUACACGGGACGUAGAUGUUGAAGCAACAGUCGUCAGGCCGGUGUCACCACAGCGCAAUCAUAGCCAAAAUGAUGUGACAACUACGACUACUACAACAUCUGCUCCCAAUGUACAGACUUUGACCACCGUUACCACGCGCCAAUCGAGACGUGUGGUAGAGAAUGGUUCAGUCGUGAUCCAAAGGAUGCCUCAACAACUUAGGCGACCUGAACCUAUUCCUAAAAAUAAGGUUGAUAUCACUGACUUCACUCUAACGUGGUAUCUUCAAUACAUCUCAGAUGAACGCCUCAUUAGGAUGCCGGACAGAGACAACGCCUGGGAUAGAGUUCUCAAUGCCGCCCAAUACUUUGGGCUUCAUAUUGCUCAGUUCGGAGACAGGGUAGAUGCUUUUACCAACGGAGGAACGCUAAAUUCGUCUUUCGAUGAUGCAGAGACCAAUGGCUCCAUCAAUGGAUUUACUGAGCACAGCAAUACUUUUUUCAAUGGGGAAGGCAUUGACGCCUUUUUCAACGGAAAAAAGAACACUGUUUCGAUCAACAAAGCAGGAGACUUGGUUUCAGCAGCUCUUGCAUCGUCUCAUGCAUUACUUGAGAUCGGUCACACCCAAGCUCAAGCACUUUUACCAACCUUUACCGCCUUAUACGAGUUUUCCGUGCUUCUCACGGAUAUUACUCGAAUUCACAAUCUUCACACGCCGUCAGAGGCAAUUCGGUACGAUGCUACCAAGACAUUCAACACCCUGGUUGCCCUUCUUGGCAACAUCGCGGCAGUGUAUCGACAGAAAAUCAGUGAUCUGAAGCCUGGGUCGCGCGCGCACAUCAACUUCGACGCUAGUUUUGGUGCACAGAUUCGUGAGAUUUGGCAGUCCAAAGAGGCGCUUUCUGACGCCAUUUGGAAGCAUAAGCUCCAAGAGGCAGAUCCCACAAUUACAGCGAAGCAACUCCGCUGGAAGCUUCAGUACCCAUACAACUACUCCGUUAUUAACAAGAUCUAUGAGAAAGUGGAAGAUUACCACGCUCCGUCAUCCAGAACGUGCUACUGGUUGAAAGAGGUCCUCUCUGAAUUCUUCAGUGGAGAAGAGAAAUUACUCUGUUUGACAGGAGAGAACUCGAGUGGUAAAACAUUUCUGUCCCGAUGGGUGGAAGAGAGACUUGCUCGACCACUCAAUGUCAAAUCAUACCACGUUCUCCGAUACACAUUUCCAUUCGAUUCACCUGAUAGAGCAACUCCUAGCGCGUUUUUGAAGAGCAUUCUAUUCAUUCUUCUUGAGAAAAACAUCAGCAAUGUCGGGGUGUAUAAAGCUAUAGCGCAAGCUUUUCAGCAUCAUUCCGCCCGAAAGGACUCUGAACCUACAGAGGCAGUCCUCUGGAAAGCUUUCAAUACUUGUCUUGCGGCUAUUCAUAUUCAGCAAGCGUCGAUAGUCAUCGUUUUAGAUGAUUGCGAUGAAAUUGUUGGAAUCCACGAGGACUUUUACGCCAAGCUUCAAGAAUGCAUUACUGGGCUUCCUGUACAGGUUGUUGCUUUUUGUCGCUCAAUUCCUGAUCCCGUUCAGGUUUACGCCCGACAAAUCGAAACUUCCAAAGUACGCGAAGAUAUCCGGGCUUAUAUCCGUGAUAGUCUUUCUCGGUCUCGUUAUUUCCGUCAUUUGAGUCGCCAGGAGUCUGAUAAUGUCCUCAAGAGCAUGACGAUCAAAGCUGGUGGCGAUUGGCUGUGGGCAUUUUACGCUGUUCAGCUCAUAUCGAAAGAGAAGUCAAAGGCUACGAUUAUUCAGACAAGUCAUGAGUUAGGCCCGAAGACUUCGGAUGUGCUUCUCAAAGUCAUCGAGUCGCUUGAGCUCGAAAAAACCCUCGAUUUGAAAAAUCUUCUAUCCAUCAUGCUAGUGGCUGCUAGACCACUGUCUGUGGCAGAGAUGGAGAAGCUUCUCUCAAUUGACCUUCAAAGGCAGGCGAUGUCUGUCGGUCCCGAUGCGGCUGGCCUUGUCUCCAAAUCCCUCGGCGAUUUGGUCAUAAUUAGAGAUGGCCACUUGCAUUUCCGCACUAAAACGGUUCGAGCAUUCAUCAAAGAACAACUUGCAACGAUGUUGCUACCAUCUGAACAGGCAGCACAGAAGCAACUGACGUUAUUGAUGCUGCUUUAUGUCAAAUUUUCACUAAAGGAGGCUGGAGACAUUUGUUCCAACGUCUUGGACUACAGUUUUGUUCUCUCUUUGUUCUCAGCAGAUUCACUUCUCGGGUACGUUGUGCAAAAUUGGGUCGAGCAUUUCCAAGCAUCAGGCUUCACUGGAGCCGAAGUAUCGGAAGUAUUCCCCAAAUCCAUCACAUUCGCCCUUCUCGAAAGAACUUGCUGGGCUAGAGUAUAUACAAAAGAGCAACUCGUGACCAACCAUAAGUUUGCUUUCCAGAUUCGACAAGACUGUUUCAAAGAUCGAGAGGCCGUGAUUGUUCAUAACCUCGUGACUCUUGGACACAUUUACCUCAAUAUUCUCGGAUUAAAGACUGACGCUUCAUUCUACUUUUAUGAAGCGGCUCAGCUUGGAAAACAGAUCUUGUCAGAUGCUUCCACGAUUGUUAAGACAUGCAUGGAGACUUUCUUCGAUUGCGUUACCGGCAUUGAAAUAAACGAGGCGACUGAGAUUUUCACGACUCAUAGUAACCACAGAAUCGACAUCCUCACUUGGUAUGAGGAGAUGCUUCGGCUUGCCGUCGAAAUCAACGCGCAAAAGCAUGGGAGUCAUAGUGAUGAAGUGAUCUCCUGGUACCAGAAGCUCGCCAAAUUUUAUGCGGACAUCAAGAAAGAGGAACAAUCCAUGGGCGCUUAUCAAGAGAUACGUGCCAUUUUGAUCGCGAGGGAAGGCAAAGAGUCACAUCGAGUGAAGCAAAUGAACGUUUACUUUGCCACCCUAGACAUUGUUCUCAAUGGUGCUCCAAUUGACAAGGUCGGCGAACUCGAAGAGAUGAUCUUUGAAACCAGUCAAAACAUCGAAAUCACUGAUCUCCGGUGUAUCGAGCUAUGGAUGAGACUCGCACAUACAUAUGAAAGCUGCGAAAGUUUCGAAACCCUCUCUCACGCCGAACGGCUAUACGUCAACCUUUGGCAACGCAUAACUGCCGACCAUGCUCCAGCAACCAAGGUUGAUAUUCACUUGAUCAGGAUCGAUAUUGCUCUCGAAUACGCCAGAUUCCUCAGCCGACAUGAUCGCAUCCAAGAAGCAUGCAGUAUUCUCAUUUGCCUUUGGGCAGAGUACCAAAAGUAUACCCUCGAAUCUGAUACAAUCAUCAUUCGCAUCAGGGAGGUGGCAGAAGAGUGUCGAAAGGCUGGCUUAUCAAGCAUUGCUGUCUCCAUGUUGACCAAGGUAUUGGAGUCGUUCAGCACCUACGGAUCCAACGAAGAAGUCCAGAAGACUGUACUGCUUAUGAACAAAGUCGUGGAAGAAGUCAGUGACACUACCGUCACUAAGAAUACCACGGACAAAACAGUUGUUACAGAAGAGACUGAGAGUGUGGUGAAAAAGCUCUUUGAGCGUCUUGCGGAUGAAUACGAACAUAAUAGGACUGAUACAUCACUGUUCUCGGCAGUCAAAGCGUUGAUAAGCCUUUACAAUCAGCAAAACAACUGGCGUGAAGCUGAAGCCGCCCUCAAGAAGACUUUACAACUGACCUGGAAGGAGAUAUUGACAGAUAGCUCCGCUGUUAGGCUUUGUGAGCACUCAAUCGAAGAAUGUAUAGCUGUUGCGCGUCGUCUGGCUGAUUGUUAUUCCACUCAAAAGCUCUUUGAGAUGGCUGAGAGGAUACACAAACAGAUUUUUUACGCCUGUAUUUCUGUCAAACUCGACGAUAAUCUUGGCACUAAAGAGAAUCCUCUUACUGGGGCCCAGCUUCUUACGGAAGCAAUCGAUUUCCUGGUCGCAUUCUACGAAGAACAUCAUCGCCAUAGGGAGGUCAUUGACAUCUAUACGCAUAUUUUGGCAAAAUAUGAACAAGAGUUGGGCCAAAAGCACGAAGUAACCAUCACCACGCUGUAUUUCAUCGCAGAUUAUUACGAGACACUCGGCCUUGAAACUGCCUAUAAGUACUAUGCACAAAUAGUCACUCUGCUCAAUGAGGGUCUCGAUUAUUGUCACCAUGAUGCCAUCAAGGCCGCUUUAGCUCUUUCUGUGCACUAUGAUGCUCGUCGACUUUGGGAUAGUCUUCAAGCAAUCUGUACAGUACUGUGGGAGACUAUCAUUCGUCUCCGCGGACAGCGGAAUUUUGAAGGAGAGCAUAAAGUCACUGGGAAAGAUGUCGCCUCCAUCUAUCAAAAGUAUUCGCAUGUCUUGGAUUUCCACGGAAACGAGGGUUUCUCGAAGCUAUAUAGCAUCGCUGUGGAGUACAGAGACAUAAUCAGCGACUACUAUUACGAUAACCCGCAAUUGGUCAUCAAUGCGCUGAUUACUCUGGCAAAGAUAUGCGAAGCGCAUGACGAACAUCACGAAGAGUCAAUCAAGAGCUACGAGCAAGUGCUCGACAAGCUGAAGACGAUAGAGACUACCGACACUAUCGAAGAAACAACAGUUGAGACUGUCAAGAAACGCCUUUCACGGAUGUAUGUCACCAUUGUCAAGGGCUCUCAGAAAAAGACAUUUUCACUCCAACGCGCCAUUGAAAUCUCACUCGAGACGUAUCAUCAGUAUAAGGCUUCAUUUGAAGAUUACCCUGAGCAAACGAUGCAUCAACUCGACUGCGUUAUCUUGCUGUAUCAACAGAUGAAUACAGAGGAAUCCAGAAAACUCAUGCAAGAGCUUCUGGUAGAAUCAGCUCAGUACAUUAUCACCGCCGCUGCCGUCAAUUUAACACUCUUCCAUGCUGCUAACUCUUUAGCUGCUCUCUUUGUCAAUGCAAAUUUGAUACAGAGUGGCAAGGAUCUCCUCGAAGAAAUGCGCAAAACGGUCAUAUACGGAGAAACGUUUUCCAAUAAUGGUAUACGUGUAGAAAUGAACUCUCAGACGAGGAAGGCCAUCUUCAUUUUCUUGAUCGCAUUCGGGAAUGGUCUUGACCAGCACGCCGAAAAUCUCUCUUACUCCAAAGUUAUGGCUGAGAUUGUCCUCGAGUCUCUACUUUAUGAAGAGUACUCACGUAUAAGCAACGAGGAUGCCGCUAUAGAGGUUAUUUUACAAUACGGCGCGCGGCUUCGUCGUUUCUGGCAGUCUUACCAACGCGAAGAGUUUAUCAGAACUCUUGAUGAUGACCUCAUGGAUCGCUUCAAGACUGCAUAUUCGCAAUACUUUGAGGUCAACUGCAGCAAAGUGGUAAAGGAAGAGUUCUACUACAGCUUGAUGGAUGAGCUCGGCAAGGAUCGACCUACAAUCAAUUUCGACUUUGACACUAUCAUGCUAGAAGUUGGCAAUAGUCACGUCAAAAGUCUCUUGGACAGUGGAAGCUUCGAGAACGCUAGUCAAGUUGGCCGAUUUAUGAUGCGAUUCUCCGGAGAAAGGAGGCUUUAUCAUGAUCGUCGCCGCAUCCGCUACGGAUACAUAUUGGCUCAAUACUUGGUUGGAAUUGGUGCACCGCACCCUGAUUACCCGAACGACACGUACGGGAUGGCUAUGGUCGAAACUUCGCAGUCUAUUAUGCACGAUGUUAUUAAUGCGUUCGACACACUGGAGAUAGACUUUGAAACACUUCGUGCUGAGGACUUGGUUGGCCUCAUCAAUCUGCUGCACGCUCAAAGCAACCAUGAACAGCUUGAGCGCGUGUUAUCUCGUUUGUGGGAUGCUCGAGGAGACGUCCGAUCGACAUUCGGCUCGGAUACUCAAAAAAUCAUCGAAAUUGGUACAUUCCUAGUCCACGUGCAGUGCGCUCUGAAGCUAUACUCAGACGCAAUUCGUACUGCCAAACAGCUGUACUACAACUUGCAGCGCGCGCGUGGACGACUUCACAAGGACACGUUGGAAGUAUCACGCCUCUUAGCAAGUAUUUACGCUACAAUGGCUUCGAAUGUAGAAGAAGAAUAUGUGGAAGAAGAUUAUUUCUCCUACGCCAUGGAUGUCCACCACAGCAUCAUGCGAGAGAUUAACUCGCCAUCUGAUGUGGUGUACAACGGCUACACGCGUCACGAUCACGAUCACGAGUUCCUCAAGGAACAAGCCUGGAUUCACUCAUCGCUACUGAACAAUAUACGAUCGCAGCUCAAUGAAUCUCAACGCAAAUACUGGACCAAACGAGAAAAGGACGUUCGCACGAUUUAUGAAAGUCUGACGCGCGACUUUAAGCUCGGCGAAAACACGAAAGAUUCCCAACAACUGCCAUCGUGGAAAUAUGCUCCGCCCAAGGCAUGGAGAUUUAAUGAGCAAGAGUGGGGAGGCGUUGCGAAUGGUUUCAACUCGGAAACCGAUAUUUUAGAGACGGCUCAGAGAGAGUGGGUGUUGCAGAGUCGCAUUUUCGUUUGA